CGGUGCCUCACGUAAGUUACAGUCAUCGCAAGCCUCUUCGGCGGGACUGUGAUGGCCGGAGAGAUGACGAUCUUAGGAUCAGCUGUUUUGACUCUCCUGUUGGCUGGCUAUUUGGCACAACAAUAUUUACCAUUGCCUACUCCUAAAGUGAUUGGAAUUGACCUUGGCACUACCUAUUGUUCAGUUGGGGUAUUUUUUCCUGGCACAGGAAAAGUAAAGGUCAUUCCAGAUGAAAAUGGUCAUAUCAGCAUACCCAGCAUGGUAUCCUUCACUGAUGAUGAUGUUUAUGUGGGGUAUGAAAGCUUAGAGCUUGCAGAUUCGAAUCCUCAGAACACAAUAUAUGAUGCUAAAAGAUUCAUAGGCAAAGUUUUUACCCCGGAAGAACUGGAGGCUGAAAUUGGGAGAUACCCAUUUAAGGUUUUAAACAAAAAUGGAAUGGUUGAAUUUUCUGUGACAAGUAAUGAAACCAUCACCGUUUCCCCAGAAUAUGUUGGCUCUAGACUGUUGUUAAAAUUAAAAGAAAUGGCAGAGGAGUAUCUUGGAAUGCCAGUUGCCAAUGCUGUUAUUUCCGUACCAGCAGAAUUUGAUCUAAAGCAGAGAAAUUCAACAAUUCAAGCUGCUAACCUUGCAGGACUGAAGAUCUUAAGAGUAAUAAAUGAACCCACAGCAGCAGCUAUGGCCUAUGGUCUCCACAAAGCUGAAGUCUUUCACGUCUUGGUGAUAGAUUUGGGCGGAGGAACUCUCGAUGUGUCAUUGCUGAAUAAACAAGGAGGAAUGUUUUUAACUCGAGCCAUGUCUGGAAACAAUAAACUUGGAGGACAAGACUUCAAUCAAAGAUUGCUUCAGUACUUAUACAAACAGAUCUAUCAAACGUAUGGCUUCCUGCCCUCUAGGAAAGAGGAAAUCCACCGAUUAAGACAAGCUGUAGAAAUGGUCAAGUUAAACCUGACACUUCAUGAGACUGCCCAGAUGUCAGUAUUACUAACAGUGGAGGAAAAUGACAGAAAGGGACCUCCGACUAGUGACAGUGGACUGCCAAAGGACAAAUUUUCCCCAGCAAAUGACCCCCAUGUGGACAGCAUGUUUGGAGCUAACCUUUCUGAAAAGAAAAAUGGAGAGGGUCAGGUUUUAUUUGAAACAGAAAUAUCACGAAAGCUCUUUGACACCCUUAAUGAAGAUCUUUUCCAGAAAAUACUCGUACCCAUUCAGCAAGUGUUGAAAGAAGGCCACCUGGAAAAGACUGAGAUUGAUGAGGUGGUCUUGGUUGGGGGUUCAACUCGUAUUCCUCGAAUCCGCCAAGUCAUCCAAGAGUUCUUCGGAAAGGACCCCAACACGUCUGUAGACCCUGACCUGGCUGUGGUGACAGGAGUGGCUAUCCAGGCAGGGAUUGAUGGAGGCUCUUGGCCUCUCCAAGUCAGUGCUUUAGAAAUUCCCAAUAAGCAUUUACAGAAGACCAACUUCAACUGAAGUACGGAGGGAUGGCCAUUUGAGAUCUUGUCUAAUGAUCUCUUCCUCUUUAUCAGACCACCUCCAUCAGCCAAAUAAAGUCUCAAAAAUGUCUCACACAUAUACCUGAAAGAUAAUGUUUAUAUAUAUGAAAUUUUGCAUAACACUUUGUUUUAAGAUUGAAUGUGACCAGAUCGAUCCUUCUCGAUUUUGGAGAGAUCCCAUUCCUACAAGUACUUAUAAAAUGAUAGAAUUGAGGUAAACUCUCUUAUUGGAGCAUAGGUGACUGUAUUUUCUGGAUUCUGGAAGUAGAUAUCCAUGUGCACUUAAAACUAGAUUCUGUAAACAUUGCCUAGUGCCAGUUAUAUGAUUCCCAGUUCUUACUAAAUUGUGUUAGCAGGGGCUGGCAAUUUAUUUACUUGGUUAUCAAAUGUAAUUCUUAAUUUGAACUAUACUUGAAGGACAGUGUUGAUGUCGUGUACUUACAUUGACUGGGAGAUAGCAGUGUUAUUUAUAUAAGCUGCAUAUACAAUAUUCAAUAAUGGCCAUAUUAUAUGACAAAGUUAACCGUCACAAAUUCAGUGUCCUGUUAUGUGUCCUAUUCAUGUAACCUGCAUUCUCCAGAUUUUUAAAAUAUAUUUAUUGAAUCAGUUUGUUUUCUUUCUAAAAAAGCUACAAAUUUAUUCAGAUAUUUCAUUACCAAUUUACAUUUUAUUUCUUUAAUCUGCUAUCAUUCUCUGCUUCGAUUUCCAUGGUUCUGCAUGGUUAGAAAACAAAAAGAGAAUUAUUAAUUGCAUUUUAAAAAUGUGUUAAUAUCACAGUAUUUAUUACUAUAAUUUUUUUGGUUAUUUUAAGACCUUUGUAGAUGUUGAUAAGGGGCUUUCCUGGUGGCUCAGUGGUAAAGAAUCUGCCUGUCAAUUCAAGAGACACAGGUUCAAGCCCUGGGUUGGAAAGAUACCCUGGGGAAGGAAAUGGCAACCCUCUCCAGCAUUCUUGCCUGGGAACUCCCAUGGAGAGGAGCCUGGGGCUACAGUCAAUGGGAUCCCAAAGAGUCAGACACACAACUUAGCUAUUAAACAAGACAUUGAUAAACAACAGUAAUUAGGUACAGUAUUUAUUUAUUAUUUUUUUUUUUUUUCAGUGUUUAUUGUCAGUAAGCCCUGGAGAAUUUAGCUUGCGUUUGUUUCAGCUUUACUGACAUUUUUCCCCAAAUUUAGUUGUGAAUGAGGAAAAUUGUACUCAUUUGCAAAAUCCUUGUUAUUUGUUUCCCAUCAUCAUUUAAAAAUAAUCAGACUUGGACUGUUUUAACCUUAAGGUUAUUUUGUGAUAAGAACAAAAAACUCAUGAAUACUGGAAGUAAUGUGGAAAUCUCACAGAAGGCAAUGUUAAAAAAUGUCCACAAAUCAGUAUAGUUUACAGUAUCAGUAUAGUAAUAUUGGUUUAGUGCAGUAGUUUUAGUUUGUUUUCUUUUAGAAAAGCUGCAGGAACCAAGGAAGAACACAUAGUGGUUUUAUUUGUUAUGCCCCUAUUAUUUGAAGAUUUUCUUUUUCCUUAAUAGAGGCUACUUCCUCUCAAUAUUCAAAAGUUAUACUCUGGUCAACAUUUUUGCUAAUGUAAAAUAUGUCUCUAUCCAUUGCUGAAUUAGAAAGGAUGUUGAAUUUCCAAUCACUGAAAAAAAGAAGCAAACUCAUUUCAGCAACAUCAAAACAUUUCUGCUUCUCAUAGUAAAAUCUAAGUGUUUUUGUAGAUUAUAAAGAAAAUAUUUCUUAGCAAUGAAAUUGCUGUUAAUUUCAAUCAGAUACUUCUGUGAAUAGAAAAUGUCUGUAGUAGAUAAAUUGAAAAAUAGAAAAUGUCUGUUCACAUGUUUUAUUUUGAACUGAAUGGAGAAAUGCCAAAGAGGAAGCCUUCACUGCAUUAUAAAUAUAUUCAAGUGUUCUUUUGAACUUUAUAAAAAUUUUUACUAGACUUAAAAAUGGAAAAAGAUCUUUGUGCAAAGGUCUUUUAAAAGAAAAGUGUUCAAUUUAUUAAAAUCUCUGUAUAUGGUACCAGCUUUAAAGCAUUUUAAGAUUUUUUAAAGUUCGAAUUUCUCUGAUACAUGAGAUAGUUAGGACAGUCUGUUAAGAGUUCUUAGAAGAAACGAUUUGCAAAACAGAACGGCUAAUCUCAUACUCUAAAAUUAGAAUUUAAAAAAUUUGAUUGUGUCUGAAAAAUAGAAUGGCAGUGUUGGAAUUUGGAGCCAAUAGUUCAGCAUAUUCUCUAGUAUAUUACACUUUUUAAAAAAUAGUGUCUGUCUGCAAUCAUAUUUAGGAGGCUAUGUAUAAAUAGUCUUGAAGUCAAUGUAGUUUAUUUAAAAGGUAAAAAUGCAUUCUGAAAGGGAUCAUUUAUAUAUAAUAAUCUGAAGACAUUUUGCAUAAAACUAUAUUUUGGUUGUACAUCUUGCUAGUGUUUUUUGAAGUACAUAACUUUUAAAAAAAUUAACUGUCUUAUAUGAUUAGAAUAUGUGAAUAAUUUAUUUGGUGUCAGGAAUGUUUUGGUACCUCCUGUUUUCACUGGAACCACUGAUGUAUCAGCAGACACUAUUGUGUGUAACAUGUUCUGAAAAUCAUAGUUACUGUGCAUAACAUUGUGCCUCUUUGUGUGCAUACAGGCGGUUUACAUUUUAAUGUAAAUAAAUGCCACUUUGCAGUUUGUUUUUUAAA